CGGCGGCAACCGCUCCCUGCAGCCGUCACCCGGAGCGUCGGUCCGCGCUUCGUCAUGCGAGGAGUCAGCACGCUGAAGCAAAGGAAUCUAGAGUACAGGAAAAGUAUUCCAGGGUCAUGCAAGCCAACUGCAGCCAACUCAACAGUUCUUCGGGAGCUACAGGCAGUGAAGGAGCCUCUGCUUCCCAGUGUGUGCACCCAAGAUUGACAGGAGAUGCCUCCUCGUAUCUUCAUUCCGGUGAUGUUCGUAUCCAGAUAAACUCUGCGCCUAAAGAAUGUGCUGAAAAUCUCAGCUCCCGAAAUACAAAGUCAAGUACCCACAUCUGUACCCAUGGAUGCGGUCAUAGCCGCAGCCGGAGCCAUUCCCACAGUGAGGCAUCACGGCUGCCUGAUGAUUAUUCCAUGGAGCCAGGAGAUGCUGGCGCAAGUUCCUUCUCAGAAUUCCGCUAUCUCUUCAAGUGGCUGCAAAAAAGUCUCCCCUAUAUUUUGAUUCUGGGUGUGAAACUUGUCAUGCAGCAUCUAACAGGAAUUUCUCUUGGAAUUGGGCUGCUUACAACUUUUAUGUAUGCAAACAAAACCAUUGUAAAUCAGGUUUUUCUAAGAGAGAGGUGCUCAAAGAUUCAAUGUGCUUGGUUACUGGUAUUCUUAGCAGGAACUUCUGUUCUUUUAUACUACACCUUUCAGUCUCAGUCACUUUAUUACAGCUUAAUUUUUUUAAAUCCUACUUUGGACCAUUUGAGUUUCUGGGAAGUACUUUGGAUUAUUGGAAUUACAGACUUCAUUUUGAAAUUUCUCUUCAUGGGCUUUAAAUGCCUUAUAUUAUUGGUGCCUUCUUUCAUCAUGCCUUUUAAAUCCAAGGGUUACUGGUACAUGCUUUUAGAAGAAUUAUGUCAGUAUUACCGAACUUUUGUUCCCAUACCAGUUUGGUUUCGUUAUCUAAUAAACUAUGGGGAAUUUAGUGACGUAACUAGAUGGAAUCUUGGGAUAUUGCUGGCUUUACUCUACCUCAUAUUAAAACUUUUGAACUGUUUGGGGCAUCUAAAAACUUUCAGAAGAGUUUUACAAGUAUUUUUUACACGACCUAGUUACGGAGUGACUGCCAGCAAGAGACAGUGCUCAGAUGUGGAUGAUAUCUGUGCAAUAUGUCAAGCUGAAUUUCAGAAGCCAGUUCUUCUCAUCUGUCAGCACAUAUUUUGUGAAGAAUGCAUAACCAUAUGGUUUACCAGAGAGAAAACAUGUCCACUGUGCAGAACUGUGAUUUCAGACCAUAUAAAUAAAUGGAAAGAUGGAGCUACUUCAUCACACCUUCAAAUAUAUUAAGUUGUGUCAACUGUUAAGGCCAUAAAACACUAAUUUCAUUUGGUUACAGUGACUUAAUUAUUGAUUUAAACAUGAAAAUGGAUUUUCAGAGCUAGACAGGGAAUAUUUCUAUUUUGUUGCAGGAUAUGACUUACUGGUAGUCUUAUCAAAAUAAUAAAAGACCUUUAAAUAUA